CAGGCACGACGGACCAAAUGUGAGCACCGAGACCAAGACCCCAUUGUUUGGACAUGUCACAGAGUAAUGAAGUGGAUCAGAGACAUAGACCUCAAGGAGUUUGCAGACAACCUGCAGGGUAAAGGGAUCCAUGGAGCGGUCAUGGUUCUGGACCCUUCCUUUGACACUGACACCUUGGCCAAAGCCCUGGGGAUCCCCUGCAACAAGCACAUGCUGCAUCGGCACCUGUACCAAGAGAUGAAAUCACUGGCAGUCCUCCACAGCAGUGCAGAGCACAGCGGUGAAGUCAUCUGUUCCACUUCGCCCGUUUCUGUGUCGAUGAGAAGAUCCGGCAAGAGUCCGCUGAGGCUACGUGCCAGCAGCCACUCGGCGGAGCGACGUCCGGCUCCCCGCGUCCAGGCCGUCCCCCGGGCCAACGGAGGCCAGGUGCACACCUACAAGGGGGUCGAAAUCACCAACGUGUGA